UCCAAGCGCGGUUCUUUCAAAUUACAUAUUGUUUCAUGGCAGUGACAUCAGAUGGCGACACGUAUGCGGUCGUCAAAAAGUGACAGCUCGAACUGUCAGCGGUAUGCAUACCGCCGCGUUUCUGCUGCAAAUAAGCACUUUAUAACGGAUCGAAACGACGGCUAAACCUUUUCGUGAAGCCUUCCGCUGUUUUAAAAGUCGAAACGAUUCAUGAAAGAAAGAUUAACGGUGUAAAACGUGAGACAGUGCGCGAAACGGUGGGUGUGCACGCAAAAGAGAACGGCUUGCCGGCUCGGCCAGUCUACUGGAAGAUUCCAUUGUGAGUGGGCUUUCAAAAAGUUUUAUCUCCAAAAAUCCAGUGUUUUCGUGCGUUUCAUCAUUCGCCUAUAGAUGAAAGUUGAAUGUCAGACGUCCAAUGGAUUAAUCGUCGCGGCGUGGCGGUGAACGAGAAGAGGAGAGACGAAGGGCAGCUCCGUUCCAAUUCGCAAUUUCGAGGACGUUCCAGCGUUAGGAAUCGUUCGUAACGAUGUAAAGAACAAUGUAACACCGUUGCCGUUGCCGACAUAACCGCAACACACAACGCGUGGAAAAUAUAGAAAAGAGAAAAGAAAAGAAAAGAAAGAAAGAAAGAGAAAGAGAAAGAAAGAGAGAGAGAGAGAGGAAACGAGAGGGAAGGAUAUAAUAAUCGGUGAAGGAAAGGCGACGCGAUCGAUCGGCUCCUCAAAAGAAGCGCCCGAUCGAUCGUUUCCUUUCGAAGCUUCGUUACACGGUGUUAAUCGCGGGAGCUCAAGUGACAAGAUCGAGUAAGGACGAAACGGGAAAUCCGAGGGAAACUACUCGACUAACACCGAGUCACCCUUGUAUCAUAAGCAGAUUAGAUUAGAUUAAAUUAAAUACCGAACGCUUCUCGCUUGUCGUUAGACGAAUCACGACGAACGAACUUGUGUAUCGCAUACGUGGUGUGUAGUCUGAGGCCAUAAAGAAAGAUAGAGAAAGAGAGAGACACACAUUCAUAUACAUAUAUAUAUAUAUAAAAUAUAAAUACACAUACACACACGAGUAAAAUCAAGAAGGAAAAGUAAGACGAGAUGUACAGAGAUCCGAACAGUUCCUCGGGAAGCGGCACCUCCACAAAGGACGACGAGGUCGAGAUCGUUAGCAGAUUUUUAGCGCCUUUGUGCGCGAGAGAUGAGGCUGCCAGAAACAUCGCCUUGGCGGCGGCAAGGAACACGGUCGAGGGAUGGCUCGGAGGGGUUGGUAGUCCGAAUCAUUCGGACGACACCGGCGAGAUGGAGGAUUCGGAGAGCCUGGGGGGGAAGUUCAAGAGCCAGGACGGGAGAUACGACAUGAACAUGGACCGAUCACCGACCAAGUCGGCACCGAAGAACGUCCAGCCACCUCUCCAGCAGCCUCUGCUUCAAGACACGUUCAGGACGGAGUGUUUCUUUCCUCAGAGCGUCACCGAGAAUCCCGCAUUCCUCGAAGAUACCAGCCUCGACUGUUCCGAGAGAUAUCCGUCGGGCUCGUUCGAUUGCGUGGACGGUCGUCUCGGGAACGAAACCGGCUACGGUACACCGAACGAGAGGCGAAGAUACGCGGCCGACGUGGAUAGUUACAGAUCCGGCCACUCGACGUCGUCCGACGAGGGGAAGGGUUUCAAGAUCGAUCCCCAGGACAACAGGUGUCUAAGGUUUAAGGACACGUCCGAGGCGCGAUUCGGCUCGAGCAGCGAGAGCGAGAGGAAAUACCUCGGCUCGUCCUCGAGCGAGAGAUUGAACGAGGCUUGUCUGGACGAUAGGCCAAGAGCGAAGAACUACGUGAAGGUGAAAGGAGCGAAGCAGAAGCAGCUCGAGGAUGACGAGCUUGACUCCGAUAUAAGGAUCUACGGGAAGAGCCCGAAAUUCGACGAGAACUUGGGCGCGAAUUUCGACCGCAGGAAUUUGAACUUCCGCCCGAAGGGUGACACCCUGCCGCGGGAACGCCUCUGUUACGACGAUGUCUCCUUCGACGAGACCGAGAUGACGAUCAGAAAUCGGGACGGGGUUGUGUUCAACACUCUGGACGGUUUCGAGAACGAGAACGCGAAUGAGAUAUAUCACAGGCAGGACGACAAUCGCGCGGAGGAUACGAAGUUGAAGAACUUCGAGAUCUAUCAGGAUGAGGCGACGUUGGACGACGUUGGCAGGCUUCGUUGCACACGUGCCGAGUUGCCGCAAGAUUAUUUGAGGAAAAACGAGGAACGGAAGUUCAGCGCUGGACAGAUCAAGAGACCGCUCUCCCAGGACGAAGAUGUCUCUUCGAAGAGUGGCAGGGUGCUGGAGAGUCCUGACGUCACGCCCGGGGACGUUGGUAGGAUGCUUAAUCUGGGGAAUGCUCUGGACGGGCCGAGGCAAGCCCAGGCGAAUAAGUAUUUGAGCCUGGUGACGUUGCAUCUACCGGUGAUAUUGAGGCUUAGCGUGAACUGCCCCUUCCAGAAUGUUAGGAUCAAGUGUGCGGAGAUUCUGGAGAUGGUUAAGGAUAGAGGACUUCCAGUACCAGUGCCAGCUUUCGAUGGACCUAGUGCCUUCGUCCCUACGUCCGAGUUGCCAGAUUUGAAUAAUCUUGAUGAAAAGACUCAUAUCCUGUUGAUGGAUGCGUUCCUCCAGAACAACAGGCUGGAUCAUGUCUCCAGGGUGAUGGCCUCGCAUCCCUCGUACUUGGAGCAUUUUCUCCGCACCCAACAUUUCAUCCUGAGGGGUGACGGACCACUUCCUUACGACUACAGGCAUCUCAUCGCCAUUAUGGCUGCUGGUAGACAUCAAUGCAGCUAUUUAAUAAACCUGCAGAAAGGAGAGUUCAUCCUCCAAGGCGGUGAUCCAUCUUGGCUUCGUGGUUUGAAGUCGAUCCCUGGAAAGCUACAAGAUCUCUAUGAGAUUAACAAGAUUUUAGCUCAUAGGCCGUGGUUGCUGAACAAAACGCACAUAGAGAAACUGACCAAAGGCGCGGACAGUUGGUCCUUGGCCGAGGUCGUUCACGCGAUAGUUCUUCUGGCCCACUUCCACUCCCUUUCGUCUUUCGUCUUUUCCUGCGGUAUUAACGAAGAGCUGGACAACGUAGCCGGUCACCAUUACAAAGAGAACGUCCAGGAUAAUAGCAAUAACGUACCAACUGCCAAAGACAAACUUUCCAGUAGUCCCAAGAAGAUCCCCAACGGCGACGGCAAGACUGAAAACAUGCCAUCGCCGCCAUCCUCGCCGAGCAUAGUAGGUGAACAGGAGGUCGGCGUGGAGGCGCUCAUGGAACGUAUGAAGCGGCUUUCCGAGAAGUCGGAGUCGUACCAGAUCACGCAAGAGGAAUUGUCCAAGAGAUUCGAGACAGUGGAGACCCAGUCCGCCGAGUUGGCAGCCGCGCCCCAGAGGAGUAGUUCGGUCCUCGACUCUGACAUCGGUCAUUUCAUCGAAGAUCCUACGUUCAUCUAUCAGGAUUUCGCCAAGCGUGGCCAAUUGAGCGACAUACCCACGUUCCGCGUGCAAGACUACUCAUGGGACGAUCAUGGUUAUUCAUUGGUGAACCGUCUGUACAACGACGUCGGUAAUCUGCUCGACGACAAAUUCAAAACGGCGUACAAUCUCACCUAUUACACGAUGGGCACGCACAGCAAGGUGGACACGUCCCGUUUCAGACGGGCGAUCUGGAAUUACAUUCAGUGCAUGUUCGGCAUCAGGCACGACGAUUACGAUUACAACGAGGUUAACCAGCUCCUCGAGCGCAGCUUGAAGACGUUCAUCAAGAGCGCCGUUUGUUACCCUGAACGCGUGACCAAAAGGGAUUACGAUCGCGUGAUGAGGGAAUUCAAGCACAGCGAGAAGGUCCACGUGAACCUGAUGAUCCUGGAGGCACGAAUGCAAGCCGAGCUACUGUACGCGCUUCGCGCCGUGAUGCGAUACAUGACCUAAGCGAAGCAUCGUCGCCUAAGCUCCUUCAUCUACUUGCUGUCUGUCAGUUUGUCGUCGGUUUAUUUUAUCGUGUAACUCGCGCCACGGAUAUUCGCGAGCCGUCUUUGCGGAUUCUGCACAGAAAGGAACGAGCGAACGCGACACCGAUUCUCACAUUCAGUAUAUAUUAAAAGAAUGUAUCUUCACCACACGUAUCCAUCAUCUACACGCAAUUGUCUUUAUCCAUCCAUAAGAGGGGAGAGGAGUUCACCAGUUAUGAUGUAUACCCACACACGCGUAUGUAAUAGAACAAACACUUACAAACAAACACACACAUACAUACACAUACACACAGACGUAUAGAGAAAGAGAGGGGAGAAAAACGGCCCAAACUCGAGUUGUCCAUUGUGAAAGAUCGUUGCAGGGUGUCCGCCGUUUGCUCGUAACUUUAAACGACCGAAAGAAAUUCUUUGAUGAGUCAGUGCUGAAUCUGGAAGAAGCAAUCGGAACGGAGAGGGAAACCGCGGGACGCGUGGAAGAAGAGAGAAAAAUUCGACGCGAUAUGCGUCGCGAUGAUACACCGACGAAUGUUGAUCGAUCACGGCGACAAAGAAAGAAAAGAAAGAAUGAUUAUAUAUUACCCAUCCUUGAAUCGAUGGUGGUAUGUAGGCUAUCGAUGGUUUCGUCUCUGGGAUCGUUCGAGGCGCAUCAUUCAAGACAGCUGUCUUAUUGUAUUUGGCGCGCAACCGUUUCCAACUUCCUGGAACGCGGAUGCGCAUUUUUUUUUUUUCCGUACGGUUUACUUUUCGAAUUUUUUGGACGCUCCCUCAUUUGGGGGGUGGAGAAGAGAAGAGGAUACCUGGGGGAAAAAAAAAGAGAAACCGAAACAUUGAACAGACAAGCACAGAAGAGGAGAGAAAGAGAGAGAGAGAGAGAGAGCGAGAGAGAGAGAGAGAGAGAGAGAGAGAGAGAGAAAGGUUUAUCAUUUGUUUUGUAUAUAGACACUCGUAUUUUUCUAUGUUCGCGAAGAUAUCUUGUGUAGUAGAUUGUUAUUUGCGCGUUUCGUUAUAUCGUUUCAGAUCUGUUGAAGCUUUUACCCUCCCCCCCCCUUCCCCGACCAUAGCAAUCUUUAAGAUAGAGUUGGAAAUAUCUAGACGCUUUUCGACGAUGUACCUUCCCGCUUUCCGUUUUACAACACUCGCACACGUGUACCAUAGAGGAUAUAUAGUGAUUAUUGCAGUAUGUGCGCGAUUCCUCCUUUUUUUUUUUUUUUUUUUUUUAAUGCGCCUUUUUCUACGUUUCAUUUUCCUUUUUUCUAUUGUUUUAUCACUAACUAACGCGUUUAAAAAAGGGCGAAGCAUGAAGUUUGGGGAAUUAAAGGGGAAAGGGAGAGAAGUAUCGGCGGGUGUCCGUCUUUCGCGGUACUCUUUGUAUAUCGAGACGAUUUGCUGAUUUACGGCACUGCAAUUAAUCGUAAGGAUAAAUUAAGAGAUGUAUUAGUACACACUGUGUUUCAAAUUAUGGGAAUGGCCAAAAUUGUCGAACGGGCCUCGUUUCAUCGCCGUCUUCGUCCGGUCUCCGGACAGCGCGAGAGACGGAGGAUGAAACGCGGCGAGGAGGAGUGAGGAAGGAAAAAAAAGAAAAACAAAAGAAAACAAAAAAAAAGGAAAAGGAACAGUUUGUCUUUCGCGCUAUGGCCGCGUUUCGCGCUGUACAUAUUAUAUAUGUUUUAACCUCGUUUAAUUUCACUGACUAUCGUAUAACGAGAAAGCUAUAAUAUAUAUAUAUAUAUAUACAUAAAAAAAAGGAAAAAAAAAAUGACAAAAAAGUGUACCUUCGUUUUCGUCGUAUUCGUGUGUGUCGAGAAGUACAGGUGAUAAAAAAACGAAGUCUUUAGAUCGUAGGACGAUCUGCGCGCGAGCGCAUAUGCGGCCCCGAGGCGCGGUUAAUUUCAAAUCGUCCAAGUUUGGCGGGCCGCUGGGAUGCGCGCAUGCGCAGAGACAAGCAAUGCCUAUCGGCUGUGUUUAUUUACGAUGGAUCAUGGCGCUACCCCGUCACUCACUAACCCGGAAUAUUGCGACAAUGUAUCAUUCUCGAUGAGCGAAAAAUCGAGCGAAGAAGAUGAAGAAGAGGAAGAUAAAAGAAGAUAAAGAGGGAGAAAAGAAGAAGGCGCGUGAGUCUCGCGCGCGCUGUACCAAACAUUUUCGCAAACAAAAAUUUCUUCGUCCCUUUCUUUGUCCGAAGGCCGCGGGCGUCUUCGACGAGCUUAAAAAAAAAACGUGCGGCUAAACUUGCUCACCCGUGGCCGCCCGUUCAACUUUUUUCGGUAUAACACGGUUGAUGGUGCAGCGUUCGCGAGUCGAAUCGAUUUUUUUAAACGACGUAAAAGAAAGAAAUAAAUGGCAUGGACCAAGCGAAGGGGCGAACGAUCUUGAAACAAAACGAAUAAAAAAAAAAAAAAAGAAAUAAGAGAACGAAGACUCGAAACGAUUGUCCGCUUACGCGCGUGCGUUUUAUCAACGAAUUUUCAUGCCUUUCGCGUAACGUGUUGUUUUAUCGCAACGACGAGUUCGUAGAGAAAGAAGAUAAAAGCGAAGAUAAAAGAGAAACAAUUUAAUAAGGAGAUAAAUAUGUUCGCCCCUUCUGAUUAUCAAAAAACGAUUAGCAAAAAAAAAAAAAAAAGAAUAGUAGAACGCACGCGCGGCGUUAGUGUGCGAGAAGAAGGACAGAGAGGCUGUUUAAACAAAUCAAAUCCAUAUUAAGUCGUUAAGGUAUACACGGAAGAGAACGUGUGGCACAAAAAGAAAAAAAAAAAAAA